AUUCUCAAUCACCCACCAACCCAUCCCAUUCGAACCAAGCCUUCAUCUUGGAGGAGAGAAGGUCUGCAAAACACCAUUUCCAUCACCCAUACUUGCACCAAGGCUGAGGGAGAAGAAGGAGGAAAAAGAGAAGGGCAAAGAGGAGAAGAGCUUGAGGAUUAACAAGGUACUUCAAGAACUUUCACGGAGUUGAAAGAGUUGCUGGAGUUGUCGCCGGAGUUAGUUGAAGUUCACCGGAGUUUCACCGGAGCUCAAUAAGAAAGGCUAGAACUUCAUAAGCUUCUUUUAAGGUUGAGGCUAGAGUCCUGCUACCUGCACCUUUGCCCAGGGUGAACUCAAAUAAGGGAGACGUGAAAUGGAGGGUAGACACAUGGCUACGAGGAACAACCCGAGAGGGCAAACUCAGGCGACGUCCGUAGGGGCCAGCCAGGUUGCAUCUCGGGGUGCGAGAGGCGGUAGGAGAGGCCGUGGAGGCCGUGGAGGCCGUGGAAGCCGUGGAGGUCAUCAGGCUCAAACCGUGAGCGAUGGCCAUGUUAGCUCGGUGCAUGGGACUCACACCGAGGAUUAUGACUCAACAUAUGUUCCCGAGACAGAACAUGAGGAGACCCCAUAUGAUGGGGGUGAUACGUACACUGAUGAUGACAAUGAUGAGAGUGAUGCCAAAUUCGCCCAGAUGGGUGAAUUGUUUGAGUGGUAUCAAAAGGAAAAGCUGAGGAGAGAUCUUAGGCGCCAAGCUAGGCGUGCCUCUCAGGGAGGUUCGGGUCAGGGAAGCCGGGGGGCUUCAGUGGCCAUUCCUGUGGCGACAUAGGGGGUACAGGGGGGAGGCUUCUGUGUAAGAAUCUCCAAAUACCUCAAGGAGGCGAGGGCCUUGGGGUGUAAGUCAUUUGAUGGCAAGGGUGAUAUAUCGGUGGCUGCCGACUGGAUCAAGAAAUUGAAUGAGGCUGCUAGGGAUAUGCAGAUCGGGCUUGACAUAAAGCUAACGAUUGCUACCAGGCUACUAGAGGGGGUAGCUGCUGUAUGGUGGGAAGGCGUGGAAGGAAAGUUCCACGGUGAGACCACCUGGGAGAAAUUUGAAGUAGAAUUCUAUAAUCAGUACUACUCAGAGUUCGAAAAGAACCAGAAGAGGAAGGAGUACAUGACCCUGGUACAGGAGGAGGAUUGCUCGGUGAGGCAACUGGAACAAAGGUUCCGGGACUUGGCACGGUACAUACCCGAGUACGCCAUGGAUGAG